AUGUUGCUCACUCUUAAACCUCCGUCCAGCGACAGAGACAUCAAUGAGUAUACGGAAAUUUACCGAUCGAAUCCGGCCUCGCGGUCUUCGACGUGGUCUGAGACCUCAUUUGGGCCUGAUUCAACCUCUAUGGAAUCCUCCAAUAGAGACCUUCCUCCGCCGUCUACCUUGACUCAUCGGCCUUCAGCAAUGCCUACUCCUCUACCUCCCCCGCCUGCUCACUGGAUCAGCCCGGAAGACAUGCAACAUUGGCUGCAGGCUAAAGCCGAAGAGGACCGGCGCAACCAAGAGGAGGAAAGGACUCGACAAGAAUCUUUACGGCUGGAGCAGCGGAAAAUGGAACACACGAUUCUGAUGGAAUCGUUGCGCAAUGGUGUUCCACCACACAUGGUCCCAUUGGUAUUUGCGUCGAUGAGUGGUGGAAUGAAUUCCAGUGCCUGGGUGGAUCGGAUGCAUCAGUAUAUCUUGGACACUACCCGAAAUACUUCAAUGUCAACACGCCCACAGGAAGCAUCUCCGGCCUAUUAUUCGGGCUCAGCUCAGGCUACGACUCUUCCACCACUCUCCCAUCAGCUCUCUCAAAUGGCUCCUGUUGAGCCACCGCGCGAUACGCGGGAUAUUCGCAUUCUCCAUUCUAAUGUCUAUACCUCAACUGCUCAGAAUCCGCCCCUCAACACGGAAAAUAUCCCGUCUCAGCUACCCCCGAGGAGCGGCGGCUUUUCCUUCAACCCGGUUCCGAACACCCCAAGUUCCGCUCCAUCGCUUGUCCAGAGACCCCUGGAAGUGCCAUCGCGAAGCCAAGCAAGUACCUUCAACUCUGUUCACUAUAUUGGUGUUCCACCACCGCCGAAUCCAGCCGUCCGGGGCCAACAGGAGAAUCGAUCACGUCGGACCUCGCCCGUGAUAUCAUUUCAUCAUUGGACUCCACCGAGCCAUCAACAGCCUCAGGUCCCAUCAAACAGGAAUCAGGAAGAUUCUGUGCCAUCAUCGAAUAUGUCAUCCCAGAUCCGGGCUAGUGGCCAAGCUUCACCAGGUCGUAAACGCAAGUCGCUCUCUGUUCAUCGCCAAGUGCCUCACCCAUCCUCUCGUUUAUACGAUGCCCAUCCUAAAAGUUCUGUCGUCUACAGCCAACAAAGUCCAAGUACCAGCAGGGCUGGCGAGACUGAGUCGCAUGAGCAUCAUCGAAAACCGAGUGAUGUUUCAAACUCGCAUGAAUCGCGUGCUCCGGAAGAGGACGAGGGUGAUCAUCUCCGGAGGACGACGAGAUCCCGAGCGCCGACUGAACAGCCUGUUCGGGAGUACAGAAGACGAUCCACCGGCAGAAGCAUUAAGAUCGAGGUUGUUCCCAAACCCAUUCAAAAAGCUGGUCCUAAUGAAACAACUUCGCAAGGUCAAGCAUCGGAUGCCGACAGUCCGCCCUAUCCGUCUCAAGACUUAGCAAUGGGUACCAGGUCUGGUGGAGCCGCUACCAGGGGCGAAAGCCCUAAGCCUUGCGAGUAA